AUGGGGGCCUGCUUCUACUUUUUCUUUGUUGCUGCUGUCUUAUCUUCAUUAUUUAUUGCUGUUCUUGCUGCUAACAACAACGUUUCUACUUCUGCUGCUAAUUCCUUCUUCGCCCAGCCCUUCCGCUCUCCAGCUGUAUGGGGGCCCCCGGGGGCCCCUCUAGUAGGAGGGGGCCCUUUGGGGGGCCCUAUGGGUGGCUCUUUAGGGGACCCUGUUGAGGGUACAUUAGGGGACAGCUUGGGGCCCCCCUUGGGGCCCCAGGGGGUCUCCUUAGUGGACCCUUUGGGGCCCCCCUUGGGGCCCCCUCUGGGGGGGGCCCCUAUAGAUGAAGGUUCUGCAGCAAAUACUGCUCAAGUAGGGUCUAGCCCUACUAUACCUGGCUGGCCUCCCAGGCCCCGCUACAGUCUCCUUGAACGCUUUGACAGCGAGCAUGUGGAGCAGACAGAUUUGUCUUCGGAUGAGUCUACACAAGAAGAUCAUUCUGUCUCCGAUGAAACCUGGAGCUCAGCCCCUGACACAACGAACGAAGACGCUGUAACGCCUGCAGACAGAGCAUGCAUCCCUUCUCGAUUUUUGUCUCCUCUUGGGGCCCCUCGAGCGAUAGGAGAGGCUUCUGAGUUAGUAGGUGCAUUUAAAGCCUUCCAGAGACAACAAACAAACACAAAUAAAGAAACAAAGAUGUUGGUGUUUAUGACAGCAGGGACAGGAGAAGAACUCAUCGGCAGCAGACAAAUCUCACAGAGACUGGUGGUGCAGCCAACAGUAAGGAAGCAAAGGACAGGGUUUUUUAGCGCAAGUGAUGGUGUCGCAGAGUUAAGCGAUGAUGGUAGGCUGCAAGCAGAGCUAUUAAGACAGUUAUUUUCAAGGUUUUGUCGCAAUGUGAAGGGGAUGCCGGCAGAGCAGAAGAGACAUUUUUGUUUUGAUGCUUUCUUUACAUCUACACUUCAAUCCGGAAUAGAGACAUGCUUAGAGACAUUCAGCGGUAUAUUAGAACUCCUUGCAUGCCCUGCAGCAGCAGGAGGAUCUGCAGCAGGAGGAGGAGGAGGAUCCACUAGCCCUUCUACAGGGCAGCAGCAACAGCAGCAGCAGCAACAGCAGCAGCAACAGCAGCAGCAGGCAGAUGGAUAUAUAUGCUCUAGUGUACGCAUUAUCCCUGCCCCUCAUCUACGUGAAAUAGUAGAAUCUGCAGGAGAUAUCGGAGAGUCUCUUCCUGUUGUUUUAAAGAAAACAAAAUCUGUACGUAUACAAAACGGCUUUCAGAGAGAUAUAUUUGAUUGUCUUGUUGGGAAUUACGGUACGUGGUGGCGCAAGCAGCAGUUUGCAUCUGUGGGGUCACCUGUUGCUGCAGCACCACCACCAGCACCAGCAGCAGCAGCAGCAGCAGCAGCAGCAGCAGCGCUGCAGGGAGCAAAUGAGGGCAGCAGCAACGGAAACCAAACCACCAGCAGCAGCAGCAGCAGCAGCAGCAGCAGCAGCGGCAGUAGUGGGGGGCGCAGCAGCAAUAUAGAUCAUACGGAAGCAGCUUUAACUGCGUUAGAUAAGGUAAUAGGGGGAGAGCCUCUCGAUGCUGCAGCUGCUGCAUUUAUUCAGGGCUUGGAUAGAUUCUCUAACCCUAAUAAAGUUCUUCAGUGCGCACCUCGUGCUGAUAAUUUGAGGAAGAGUUGUUUGUUUUUAAGAGAGAGUGCUCAACAAGAACCGGCUGUACAGAGAGCUGUAUGGACAACACCUGAAGAGAUGGAGCCUGAGUAUACUGAGCCUGAGAGCGGUGUAUUAAGAAGAGGUUUAUCUUUGCUUCGUUCUCUCUGUGCUGUGGAGACAGCUUCUAAGUUCUUGCUUGCUUCUCAUCCAAAGCUUGUUGAAAGACUAACCGGUCAUCCUAUUGAUAAUGGUGAGAUAUUUGCUGUCUCCUUAGACUGUACAGCCUUAGCCAAGUGUCUCUCAGAGGCAGGCCUUAGGAGCUGGAGCGUUAGUAAAAAAUAG